AUGUUGACACUGAUCCUUGGAUAUUUGUUUUUUAAAAACCAUGACCAUUGUCUGUCUAUAAGACUUAAGCAACCACUCUCGAGUGAUGAUAUCGAAAUGACAAAUAAUUUUGAAUUGGGUGGCUCAGAUUUAUUAACGGAUGACAGUGACGACGGCUACCACGAUGACGUACACUAUUUGUUAGCUUCUAUAACCGCCACUAAUACAGAUGAGGACGAUGAAGAUGAACAAAUUAAUUUUAAUAAUUUAUUUCAACAUAAAAUAAAUCUCGCCAGUAAUUAUAUAUUGGAUGAUAAUGAAGAAACACCAAACGAAUUAUAUGUCAAAGAUACCCGUCCUCUUCAUGAAUAUACACGCGCCACUGUAGGUGAAACGUGCGAAAAUUUAUUAAGAAUGAAUAGAAAAUCAUGUUUGAGUAAAAGUAUAAUGAAUGAAAUUUUAAAAGAAUUUUCACGUGUUCUGCCAUUUCCAAAUAAUCUACUUAAUUCAUUGGAUAAAUUAUUAGACAAUGUAGGUAUAUUUAAUUAUUUUUCCAGAAGAAUUUUAUGUGCAAUUUGUUAUCACGAAAUUGACCCGAAAGUUAGAUUAUGUACAAAUCAUUCAUGUAAACAAUAUCGUACAUUAUAUCUACAAAGUUUUUCCGUAUACACAUCUAAUGCAAAAGCACAAUUAGAAAGAAUUGUUAUUCGUAAUUUGAAGGAAAUUCAAAAUUAUAGGGAAAAUUUUAACAAAAAAGACUUUCUUGAAAAAAACGAUGAUAUAGUAACGGGUGAGAAAAAGUUCUAG